CAUUGCAUUAUUAUUGUGUGUUUGUUUAAUUUAUCGUCGUCGUCGUUUCAAACUGUAUUAUUGUAAAAUGCGCAAUAAAAUUCUCUUACAUUGAGAAAUGAGAAAAAGUGCUGAGUUAGACAGGAUCCGCGUGCUUACAUCAAAAACAGCUUGUGAUAAGACUAAACUUGUGAUUGAUAAAAGAGGUUAUAACCACUUGUGAAGGACAGGUAGUUACUUCAUUAUAUCGUGUCCGAGCAUGUGAACAAUCUUAAGAAUUAUUACCCGCCACAGCUAACCUUUUGCUGAGCAGUAAUUUGUUUGUGUGAAGGUGUACCGCAUUUUUGCGCCAUCGUGUAGAAGCAGGCUUAAGUUCGUGUUUACGUGAUGCCCGACAUCAAGAUUACCCCCCUGGGGGCGGGCCAGGAUGUCGGCAGGAGCUGUAUUCUCUUAUCCAUGGGAGGGAAGAACAUUAUGCUGGACUGUGGAAUGCAUAUGGGUUAUAACGACGAGCGCCGCUUCCCGGAUUUCUCCUACAUUGUCCCUGAAGGUCCAAUCACGAGCCAGAUCGAUUGUGUCAUAAUCUCGCAUUUCCAUUUAGAUCACUGUGGUGCUUUGCCCUACAUGUCGGAGAUGGUUGGUUACACUGGGCCGAUUUACAUGACGCACCCUACAAAAGCCAUCGCUCCUAUCCUUCUGGAGGACAUGAGAAAAGUUGCAGUGGAGAGAAAAGGUGAAUCUAACUUCUUCACAUCUCAAAUGAUAAAAGAUUGCAUUAAGAAAGUUACUGCGGUAACACUGCACCAGUCAGUAAUGGUUGACAAUGAUUUGGAAAUAAAGGCAUAUUAUGCCGGUCAUGUGCUGGGCGCAGCAAUGUUUUGGAUAAGAGUUGGAUCUCAGUCAGUUGUGUACACUGGUGACUAUAAUAUGACUCCGGAUAGACAUCUAGGAGCCGCUUGGAUCGACAAAUGCAGACCUGAUUUGCUCAUAUCAGAGUCAACUUAUGCUACUACUAUCAGAGAUUCCAAAAGGUGCCGCGAAAGGGAUUUCCUUAAGAAAGUCCAUGAGUGUGUAGAAAAAGGUGGUAAAGUCCUCAUCCCUGUUUUUGCUCUCGGCCGUGCCCAGGAACUCUGUAUAUUGUUGGAAACAUACUGGGAACGGAUGAAUCUUAAGUGCCCAGUGUACUUUGCCUUGGGCCUCACAGAAAAAGCAAACAAUUAUUACAAAAUGUUCAUCACAUGGACAAAUCAGAAGAUCCGGAAGACUUUUGUACAGAGAAACAUGUUUGAUUUUAAACAUAUUAAACCUUUUGAUAAGUCUUACAUAGAUAACCCUGGUGCGAUGGUGGUGUUUGCAACUCCGGGCAUGUUGCACGCCGGACUGUCAUUAAACAUCUUCAAGAAAUGGGCACCUUAUGAACAAAACAUGGUUAUCAUGCCCGGGUUCUGUGUCCAAGGAACUGUUGGUCAUAAGAUUUUAAAUGGGGCCAAAAAAGUGGAAUUUGAAAACCGUCAAGUGGUUGAAGUCAAAAUGGCAGUAGAAUACAUGUCUUUCUCUGCCCAUGCUGAUGCUAAAGGCAUCAUGCAGCUGAUUCAAUACUGCGAACCUAAGAAUGUUCUGUUAGUACAUGGUGAAGCUCAGAAAAUGGAGUUUUUGAAGGACAAAAUUGAAAAGGAGUUCAAGAUUAACUGCUACAUGCCUGCUAAUGGAGAGACUUGUACCAUUUCUACUCCAACGAAAAUCCCAAUUGAUGUGUCUUUAAGGCUACUGAAAGCUGAAGCAGUGAGAUAUAAUGCUCAGCCACCUGAUCCAAAGAGACGGCGUGUAGUAAAUGGAAUUCUCUGCGUCAAAGACAAUAGACUUUCACUCAUAGACAUUGAUGAAAUGUGUGAUGAAAUUGGCAUAAACAGGCAUGUCAUCCGUUUUACAAGCACUGUGCGUUUGGAUGACCCAGGUCCAGCCCUCAAAACCGCUGAGAAGUUGAAAGGUUUACUCAUGGAGAAGUUAUCUGGUUGGUCUAUCACAAUAUCUGAUGGCAACAUCUCUGUGGAAUCUGUGCUUAUUAAAGUCGAGGGUGACGAUGAAACUACAAAAAAUAUUUACGUCUCUUGGACUAACCAGGAUGAGGAUCUUGGCAGUUACAUAUUAGGAUUGCUGCAGUCUAUGGUUCAAUAAUUUUGAGAUUAAACAAUUAAACAUAGGAAUAAGAACAAACUUAAAAAGUUACAAAUUGUACAGAUGAAGUGUUUUUUUAAAAGGACUUAUUUUUGUAUGGUGUUCAUAGAGAAAUAAACCCUUUUGAAAAAUCUCUUCAGAUUCAAAACUAAGAUUUUGGUGCAAGCUUUCAACAUAAGUAUUUGUAAUGUGAAAGAGAUUCCAUAUCAAUUUGCGGUUUAUAUUAUUAGUUAUAAAACUUAUGUAAUACGGUAGCUAAAUAGGUAAGCAUAGAGUGUUCACUCCAUACAUCAGUUUUGUUCCAAAACGACUAUUAUUCGACAUCUAGCGCCAAGUAGCGGAACAUUAGGUACUGCUACUCGAAACUAGAUUUCACGCGUCAGACUGACGAAAAGUGUAUUGCUCAACAAUUUACAAAUAGAGUUCCGGUUCAUCAUCAUCAUCAUCAUGUCAGCCGAUAGACGUCCACUGCUGGACAUAGGCCUCCCCUUAAGGCUUGCCACUCCGACCGAUCCUGUGCCGCUCGCAACCACCGAAUUCCCGCGACCUUCACCAGGUAGUCGCUCCAUCUCGUUGGAGGCCUACCGGCAGUUCAUCUUUCGGUACGCGGACGCCACUCCAGAACCUUCCGGCCCCACCGGCCAUCAGUUCUGCGAGUUCCGGUUAAUCCGGUUAUAAUAUUAGCUGAAAAUUGUUGAGCAUUAGACUUUCCGUUCAUCGCGACAUCUAUUGUCGAGUAGCAGUACUGAUAAUUCCGCUACUUGACGCUAGAUGUCGACUACGAAAAUAAUAGCCGUUUUGGUAACAAAACUGAUAUAUGGAGUGAGCACUGCUUAUGCAAUACCUAACUAUAAUUCCAUUCAUACCUACUCAAUGUGAUUUAUCCUAAACAGUGCGAUUUUUCUUUAGUUUGUACAGGGUAUGAAAUAUGUAACGUUUUUA